AUGCUCCAACAUUUGGCACAAAUGGUUCACGGCAGCGCUUCUCAGAUCGUGUCCAUACAUUUGGCGGACACCUCUCUGGAUGCUAAAUCACUUUUGGGCACCUAUGCCUCCUCAUCAGUUGUCCCUGGAUUAUUUGAUUGGGUUGAUGGACCGCUUGUCCAUGCUAUGAAGCUCGGCAAGUGGCUGGUAUUAGGAGAUAUAGACAGGGCAGCACAGGAUGUCCCCAGCACCCUUCUUCCACUAUUGGAGAGCAUGGGCUCUUGCCGCCGGAUAGGAUCCCAACCAUCUGUGGACGUGCUGGGCCGUGGUCAAGUGUUCGCAGACAAUGAGUUCAUGGUUUUUGCUACACGCUCCGUACCAUGCUUUGUCCCGAUCAUCCCCGCUGCCGGUAAUUCUCGGCCAUUCUCGGCACCAAGGUUCUUGGGUCAUCAGCAUUUCUCCGAAAUAACCCUUCCGGUCCCAACUCUUGAUAAGCUUCCGCUCAUCAUACACGAAGGCUUUCCAAAUUUGCACGAUGACUUGAUCCCUCUCAUUAUUCGCAUUUGGAACACGGCUCGCGAAGCUAUCUCUGUCCUGCAAGGAGAUGCCAAGGAUAUCGAUCUUCUCAUGCAAAGACUAAGCAAGACAGAACGGGACCUCGCAGCAAUCGAUCCUCCACCUAUCACUCGCUCCUCCAAUCCAAACAUUAUCGACGCCUUUUUCGGCGAGAUUGAGCAGUUCAUGCAGCAAGUUCUAGAUACAACACGCGUAGAUCGACUCCUCCACGACUCGACAGAAGAAGCUGCGAGACCUCAAACAUUGCGCAUGGCAGAGGUGAUCGAUCAUUCAAUCGAUGCGUUUGUCCAAAGAAUUCGAGAGAUGUAUGCACCCCUAUUCGAUCUUGUGUUUGGGGCCAUUUUGUGCAUGCGUUCGCUGCAAGUCGGCAUCAAGCUUGCCUCACGGGUUGCAACACUGGAGGAGACAAAGAUCGGGAUGGCCCCGGUGACGACUCCCUUUGAUUGA